ACUUUUCGAUAGUGAUAUACCGAGUUUUUUUAGAGAUAUUAUAUCUUGUAUGAAUUUAUUUUUCUAUAUUUUCACAAAUGGAGAUUGAUGAGACUGCCGUCAGUGGGGAAAUACAGCCGACUACGGACCGCCCAACACCGGCUGACUUUGAUAAAUAUUUGCCUUGGGCAUGUGCCCAAUUGUCAGCAGAAGCUGAUGUAGUGGUGAUACGGAGCCUCCUCAAAACAUACCAAAGUUCUGCGACAUCAGAACGCUCAGCUAAAUCCAAAAAAAGCAAACCAAAGCCUUCGUCUAUCCUAACACCUACAUCAGGGACUGAUUUUGAGGAAAAAACUUCAAAAUUUGACAAAAAUUUAAUGGGAGCAGACAAAUAUAUAACAGUUGAAACCGUUUACGAUAGCCUUGGAAAUCUUGUACAACUAAAGUUUCUCAACAACAUUGUUCCAAUACCUGCAAAGGUUAUAAAAAUGAUCGGCCUUCUAAUCCCAUUUCAAAAGCACUUGACGAACAUCACUAUAAAUAGUGGUAUGCACGCUGACACGAUUUAUGAAAUAUCGAAAUACCUAUCAAGUUCUCAUAUUACCGAACUAUGCUUAGAUGGUGCAUUUAUCCCUGAAGCCAAUUAUGAUUUAUUGCUAACGGAAUGUCAUUUGAAAUAUCUAUCUUUAUCCAAAUGCAAAAUAAAUGAUACAGUUGUGAAAACAAUAGUAAAUAAAUUGUAUUUUACCUUACCUGCAUCAAAUUCACUGUCAGCAUUAUCCUUGGCGACAAAUGGAAUCACUGAUGUUGGUGCAAAAUAUCUAGCAGAUGUACUGAGAUCAAAUAGAAAACUCAGCUAUUUGAAUUUAGCAGACAAUAUGAUCGGCGAUGAAGGUGCAAUGAGCAUUCUCGAUGUUUUACAAAAUUUUCGUAUAACUACUAAUGAGUUAAGAGAAUCUAGAUCCAGAUACAUGAAAUAUUUAAAAAUUAAAAUUGAAUUAGUUGCAUCACUUAUUACGGGACUGAAUGAAACUGAAGUUAAGAAAGUCGUCAAGAAAAAGAAUAAUAAAACUGGGUUAAGGAGGAACAGGUCGUUGGAUAGAGAUAUAACAACACCUAGGUCUAGUAUGGAUAGAGGCUCAAUCAUUGCUCAUGAACAGUAUUUGCGUGAUCGAGCUCGAUCUUUAGCUGAGGCCAAAUUAGGUGGUUUCCAGGAUCCGUUCAGUUUAACGAACACGGAAGAGAAGGAUGGUUGUUUUUACUGCUAUGGCAAUAACACCCUUAGUUACUUAAACAUUGCUUAUAAUAAUAUCAGUCAUAUCACUAUAAAGAGAUUAUAUGAAGUUUUGGUAACACAGAAAUAUUUUAAUAGGAAUCCUAGAGGUUUGGUAAAUGUGGUUAUUGAGGGUAACAACCUGCCCAUGCUUUGUGUGGAACUGCAGGGUAUUAACAAUAUUAUUGGGUCUAAUUUGAAUAAUAUACAGAAAGCAACUAAUGGAACGAUGAAAAAGAAAUCUGUUGCUGGAAAGCCUAGUGGCAAGCAAUCAAUUAUCUCAUAAUUGCUGACAUG